GGUCGUGGAUUUAUAGCUCGAGAUAUGACGUUCCGGAACACGGCGGGGCCACUAGGAUCGCAAGCGGUGGCACUCCUCACCAGCUCCGACAAAUCAGUCUUCUAUCACUGCAGCAUUGAGGGCUACCAAGACACACUUUUUACUUUUUCUAGUAGACAGUUCUUCAAAGAAUGCAAGAUCUUCGGCACAGUUGAUUUCAUUUUCGGCGACGCUGCAGCCGUGUUCCAAGAUUGUCAAAUCUUCCUUAGGAGACCACGGCCCGGAGGAGGGUUAGUGGUGACUGCUCAUGGACGUAAAUAUGAAAACGAAACCACUGGAUAUACACUGCAAGGGUGUAAGAUAACUGCUGGAAAUGAUCUUAAGCCUGUAAUCGAUCAGUACAAAGCUGCUUUCCUAGGAAGACCGUGGUUUGCAUGCGCCCGGACCGUUUAUAUGCAGUCUUUUCUUGAUGACUUGGUGGACCCGGUAGGGUGGCUUGAUAGUUGGGGUUAUAAUCAAACUAUUUAUUACGGAGAGUACGAGAAUUAUGGACCAGGUUCAUCUACUAGUGGGAGGGUCAAAUGGCAUGGCUACCAUGUCAUAACAGAUCCUAAGAUCGCACUACCUUUCACAGUUGCUGAGAUCCUGUCAGGCAACGAAUGGCUUCCGGGAACUGGCGUGCCUUUUAAACCGGGGUUUGAAAAUAAGUAGGGAAGAAGCGUAUAUAUCUACCCUGCUGCAAACUUUACAUUGAUCCUUAGUGAUGAUUUUGUAGUAGAGAAAGAAUUUCAAGGAGAUACCAGAUUCAGUCCAGCAAAAUGUGCUACUUUCUUUCUAAAGAUCAUAAUUUAUUCAAAGU